UCUGCUUCUGCUCGAAAUUAAAUAAAUGGCAGCAUUAGGAAACUUCGCUGCGCGCCGUAGCUACAAAAGUGAUCGCGUGUUCGGUCAGCUGUCUGCGCUUACGUAAUGAAAGCUCAAUUAUGCACACGCUUCAAUGCUAAGCCGACGUAUUUCACGAAUGCAGAAACUAUGUUGCAUCUCAUCGAAUGGAGAAACAGCAAUAGAACAAUGUCGCUCACGGCGAAAGCUCUCGCCGACGUACGUGUUUCGCAUUAUUUCUGCGUGCGAAUGCGGAGGCACACGGCCCCUGGAUCCCGCAGAAUCGGGAGAAUCCACCGCGGUGUCCACCGGAUGGAAUCGUUGCGGCGACGGUGACAGCGCGACAGUGAAAGAAGAACUUUCUUCGUAAGCAUAAAGACUAGACCGGCUCUCGGUCGAUCAGUUCAACUUCUUUGUGGAGUCAAGGUGAAAGCGCGCGCAGCAGGCGACGGUGAUCUUCAGCGAAUCAUCAUCAUCAUCCGGCAGCCCAUCAGUGAAACUCACCGGCGAGCGAGGAGAUCGGCGAACGCCCGAAAACGCGAGCGCCAUGUGAGUUCCCGUCGUGAUGUUCGUCGCGGUGCCCGACUAAGGGAAGAAGAUUCGUGAUCCUCGCUAGUCGAAGAAUCCUAGUGUGACGUGUACGAUGAAUGGGAAGAUGCCUCGACCUGCUGUGUCUCGCCCUGAACUCCUGAUCCUGAUCGUGAUCGCGAUUAUUCAGGUACCGGUACCAACCGAAGCCCAUGGACCACGUCGGGGCAUCACGAUAACGUCGGUGAACUCUACUGAAAGCUCCUCGAGUAGUCCUCCGCGUACCGGGAGAUUUCUGUUCGAUGACAUUUUUGGCAUCGACUUUACCAGUGGUGCCGAUACAGACGAGAGAUUGAGGAACUGCACAUGCGAGUGCGGUUUAUCUAGUCAGGAAAAUCGGAUUGUCGGUGGACGUCCCACGGUACCACACAAAUAUCCUUGGAUUGCGAGAUUGGUUUAUGACGGCCGUCUUCAUUGCGGCGCUAGCCUUCUCAACAACGAUUACGUGAUUACUGCCGCUCACUGUGUACGGAGGUUGAAGCGAUCGAAGAUUCGCGUGAUACUCGGUGAUCACGAUCAAUACGUGAACACUGACGGAGUCCCGAUCAUGAGGGCAGUGAGUGUCGUGAUACGCCACAGAAACUUUGAUAUAAACUCAUACAAUCAUGACGUGGCCCUAUUGAAAUUGCGCAAGUCCGUGAAAUUCUCCAAGAAGGUUCGCCCGAUCUGUCUACCUCAGCCAGGUACCGAUCCUGCCGGGAAGGAAGGAACAGUGGUAGGAUGGGGUCGAACGAAGGAGGGAGGCAUGAUACCCGGAGAAGUGCAUGAAGUGCAAGUGCCUAUAUACAGCUUGACACAAUGCCGAAAAAUGAAAUACCGUGCGAAUCGAAUCACCGAAAAUAUGAUCUGUGCUGGACGAGGAAACCAGGACUCUUGUCAGGGUGACAGUGGCGGUCCCCUUCUUACCCAGGAAGCCGACAAACUUGAAAUUGCAGGUAUAGUUUCCUGGGGCGUGGGAUGCGGUAGACCCGGUUAUCCCGGAGUUUACACGAGGGUCUCUCGAUACCUCAACUGGAUCCACACGAACAUGAAAGAAGGCUGUUUACACGGUGGUGCCCUGGCGGUGGCGACUCUUUCGUCCACGACUUGGUUCUGUAUCCUCCAAAUUAGAGGUGUUACGAUUACCGGUGCGGGAAGUCCAGCCGAGGCGCGAAACAUGAAGCCUUCGUGGUGCCUGGGUUUGCUGUUUGUUCUCUUUACGACAACAGGAAAAUGUCAGGCCGGGAUAUUUGGCGAAAAAAAUUUCUUCGGGCUUUUCGGCAAUAAACCGCCUCACUCCGAAGACCCACCCGCACCUUGCUACUGCAGUUGCGGACUACGAAACGAGGAAAGUCGCAUAGUUGGAGGUCAGACGACGAAUAUGAAUGAGUUCCCGUGGAUGGCCAGAUUAUCGUACUUGAACAAGUUUUAUUGCGGUGGUACGCUUAUAAAUGAUCGCUAUGUACUCACAGCUGCACACUGCGUGAAGGGUUUUUUUUUCAGAUUCAUGUGGUUCAUGAUCAAAGUCACUUUCGGGGAGCACGACCGAUGCACGGAGAAGUCAGCGGAGACCCGGUACGUGGUGCGCGUGAUGACUGGUGACUUCAGCUUUCUGAAUUUCGACAAUGACAUCGCAUUACUGCGCCUAAAUGAAAGAGUACCUCUCAGCGACACAAUACGGCCGAUAUGCUUGCCAUCAACGUUGGAUAAUGACUACGUCGGGGCAAAUGCAAUCGCGUCAGGUUGGGGCACGUUGCAAGAAGAUGGCAAGCCGUCUUGCCUCCUGCAGGAAGUCGAAGUUCCAGUCAUGAGUCUUCAGGCCUGUCGCAACACCAGCUACAGUCCCCGCAUGAUCUCGGACAAUAUGCUGUGCGCGGGUUACCUGGAAGGGCAGAAAGAUUCGUGUCAGGGAGAUAGCGGCGGACCCCUGAUAACAGCACGCGAAGAUAAAAAAUACGAGCUCAUCGGCGUGGUAUCGUGGGGCAACGGAUGCGCUCGACGUGGAUAUCCCGGCGUAUACACGAGAGUUACACGGUAUAUGGAUUGGAUCCUGAAGAAUUCGAUGGACGGCUGUUUUUGCGAGCAUAACUGAACGCGAUUAUUCGGCAUUGGCUAAAGACACAACGAGGAACGAGUUUACUUUUUACGUACUAUUAUUUUACUUUUUACGUACUAUUGUACAUAUACACGUUUCCUAAUUUUUUCUACACGUGAUAAUGGCGCAAGGAGAUAUCACCGCAGCGAUGAUUGUCUGCGAUUGUCGCGAUACAAGCAUUCGGAUAUUAUACCGUGCAAUAUUUCGCCGUUGCUCAAUCUAGCCAAAGGCUGAAAUACUCAAUUUUGCUGCCAAGGAAAUUAACUCUAGUGAGAUUGCGAUUCUAUAUGUAGGCUACCAGUGUCAUAUCUUUUUAUUAAAAAUGUUUCUUGUUACGAUACAUCAUACGGAAAUGUUUAAUAAACAUUUGCAUAAAUCAC